AUGGAACUUGAUCGCAAGUACGUUCCACCUUGGAAAGAGCCAUAUAUUAUUGCGCUGGCCGGAUCUUCCGGUAGCGGCAAGACUUCUAUUGCUCAGACUAUUAUUAAACGCCUUAAUGUUCCUUGGACCAUCUUGCUCUCCAUGGAUAACUUUUACAAGCCACUCGAGCCUGCGCAGAUCCAACUGGCUUUUGAAAGCCGCUACGAUUUUGACGCUCCAGAAGCUAUUGACUUGGACUUAUUUGUCGAAGUUCUUACAAGUUUGAAACGCGGUGAGCGCGCGAGAAUCCCAAAUUAUUCCUUUGCACACCACAACCGAACAGACUAUUGGACGACUGUGUAUGGUGCAAAUGUAAUCAUUAUUGAAGGCAUCUAUGCAUUACAUGAUGAGCGCGUUCUUGCGCUUACAGACCUGCGCAUUUUUGUUGAUACGGCCCUAGACGUAUGUCUUGCACGCCGUCUGUCGCGCGACAUUGUAUAUCGAGGCCGUGAAAUUGCGCUGUCUGUUGUCCAGUGGCAGCGCUUUGUCAAGCCCAACUUUGAGCAGCAUGUGCGCCACACUAUGUACAAGGCUGACGUUCGAAUUCCACGCGGAAUCAAUAACGUUGUAGCACUAGACAUGCUUGUUGCCCAUAUUCAGCGGCAACUGGCAAAAAAGUCUGCUAAGCAUCUCAACCAUUUUCUCGCACUUUCUGGACAGCGCCGGGGAUCAACAGCAUCAGAUCUCAGCGAACCUUUGGAGGAGCCUCUUCCACAUAAUGUGGUUUUAAUUGACCAGACACCACAGGUCCGUGGUAUGCAUACUAUUCUGUUGGCAUCAGCCACGGAUGACAAUCACUCACGGGCCGACUUUAUUUUUUAUUUUGACCGAAUUGCGUCUCUGAUCGUGACACGAGCACUUGAUGAGUUUGCAUAUGGAGAAAGUGACAUUGUUACCCCGACAGGCCACAGUGUACGUGGGGUCGUUCCCAUUUCUCUGCCUGCAGCCGUGGAACUUAUCCGUGGAGGACAAUGCUUUGAGCGAAGUAUCCGUAAAACACUUCAAGCAAUACCUAUUGGCAAGAUCCUAAUUCAAUCAGACGCAAAGACUGGUGAACCACACUUGCAUGCACUUAAAUUACCACCGUGUCUUGAUCCACGCCUAGAAGUUUUGCCUUCAAGUGCUGAAUCUUCUGUCCCCUCUUCUUCAUCUUCAGCUUUGACUCCUUUCCAUAUGACUACACCUUUAUCUGCAACAUCCAGUCGUAGUGGAUGCUCCAUCAAUGAAGAUGAUCUUGCAGUGCAAGCCCAAACCAAAAUCCUACUAUGUGAGGCGCAAAUGGCCUCUGGUGCAGCGGUUACCAUGUCUGUUGCUAUCUUGAAAGAUCAUGGCGUGCGUGAAGAAAACAUCAUUGUUAUUGCAUACCUUGCAUCUGAAAUUGCUGUGCGCAGAAUCAGCGUUGCAUUCCCUCUUGUAACCAUAGUGGUGGGCCUGGUUACACCAAAGAUAUACCCUAGAUUUGUUGAUAAUGCAUACUUUGGCACCAUGUAA